AGAAUUCAAUUCGACAUAAUUUGUCUCUACACAGCAGAUUUAUUCGCGUACAAAACGAGGGCACAGGAAAAAGCUCUUGGUGGAUGAUCAAUCCAGAAGGAGGAAAAGGUGGGAAGGCACCUAGGAGACGUGCCGUGUCAAUGGACAACAGCAACAAGUACACUAAGAGCCGGGGAAGAGCAGCAGCAAAGAAAAAAGCAUCAAUGCAGGUGUCCCAAGACUCUACAGAUGAUAGCCCAUCACAACUGAAAUGGCCAGGAAGCCCAACAUCACGUAGCAGUGAUGAGUUGGAUGCUUGGACAGAUUUUCGUUCCCGUACAAACUCUAACGCCAGCACGAUAAGUGGUCGUCUAUCUCCAAUUCCAGCAACGACUGAGCUUGAUGAUGUUCAGGACGAUGAUUCUCCUAUUUCUCCUAUGUUGUAUAGCCCUGGCAGUAUGUCUCCAUCCAUAACAAAACCAUCUACGGUGGAGUUGCCAAGGAUAACUGAUAUGACUGGAACCAUGAAUUUAAACGAUGGUCUAACAGAGAAUCUUAUUGAUGAUUUGCUGGAUGACAUUUCCCUCACUCCAUCUCAGCAGUCAUCUCCUAGUGUUGGCAUGCAGAGAAGUUCCAGCUUUACUUAUGGCACUAAGGGCUCAAGCCUUGGCUCUCCAUCCAGUAGCUUCAACAACACUAGUAGCUUCAAUUUCCCAUUGACGUCUCUUCGUCAGUCUCCAAUGCAAACCAUUCAAGAGAACAAACAAGCAACAUUUUCUUCCAUAAACCAUUAUAGCAACCAGUCUCUUCAGGACCUGCUGACCACUGAUUCACUUAGCCAUAGUGACGUGUUAAUGACUAAGUCUGACCCCCUUAUGUCCCAAGCCAGUACUGCAGUCACUGCUCAGAAUUCUCGUAGAAUUAUUCUAAGGAGUGACCCCAUGAUGUCGUUUGCAGCCCAGCCUAAUCAAGGGGGAAGCCUGGUUAAUCAGAACUUGCUCCACCACCAGCACCAGUCCCAUAACUCAUUUCUUGGUGGCAGUCGUGCCUUGUCAAACAGCAUAAAUAACAUUGGUUUAAAUGACAGCAACAAUUUAGACUCGUCCAAACACCAGCAGCAGUCCUCAGUCACUCAUUCUAUGCAAGCCCUCUCAGACACACUCUCAGGACCCUUGUACUCCACAGGCAUGAACCUUCCAGUGCAUGAAAAGUUCCCAACUGAUUUGGACCUGGAAAUUUUCAGUGGGAGCUUAGAAUGUGACAUGGAGACCAUCAUUCGUAAUGAAUUAAUGGAUGCAGAUGGGCUGGAUUUUAACUUUGAUUCCCUCAUUUCUGCUCAGAAUGUCAGUCUAGCGGUGGGAAACUUCACAGGUGCUAAGCAGACAUCGUCACAGAGUUGGGUACCAGGUUGA